CGUUUACAGCAAAUUUGGGCAGUGAUCUAUGUGAAGAUGGCGGGUACCUCCGACCCUCUGGAAGAUAUGCUCUUCUCCGAGGUGGAUGAAAAAGCAGUGAGUGACCUCGUGGGUUCCUUGGAGUCUCAACUGGCCGUCCAAAGCAACCAGGUAGCACCACAUACCGAAAUGAGGGGCGGCGGAGUCGCCAGCCCUGCCAAUCACCACUUAGGAAGAAUUCUGCCUGCCCAAGUGGGCACUAUACUACAGGAGCAGCAGCAGCAGCAGCAGCAACAACAACAACAACAACAACAAGGGCAACAUAAAGCUGGGUUAAACCAGGAGUCCGGCUCGAAAACACUUACCUCCGGGAAAACUGUGAUACCGUCUUCUCUCAGUUCCAUUCCAUCUUUUGAAGGAUCUUCCAUCACUUCUGGGAGCGGAGUAAAUGCGAAUAGUAGCGGCUUACAAUCACAUGGAUCAGCCAGCAUCAGCACAACAUUGACUGCUUCUGGACUAGUAACUUUGCCACCUCCGCUGGUAAGCAUUAAUCCUGGGAGUAGAGGUACGGUAUUGGGCACAUCAACGGCUGUCGAUCCGCUCAAAAAUCAUGCCGCUUCAGCUGCCAGGAGCGCUCCCGCCGCGAUACAGAGUUUAAAUGGCAGUGGUGGAGUCGUUGUGAACUCUAGUGCUUCUGCUGGGACUCACUUCACCAGUGGUAAUGCUGCUAACGUACCACUCUUGAACAGUGUCGGCACAUCUGUGUCAAGUGCUGGCAACUCCAACUUGACUGUGGCCUCCGGUGUUUGCACGACCACCUUCAGCGCCGCACCUACGAGUUUCUCGCCAUCACAGCAUGCACUGCAUCUGGACGGGACAGGGACUCCUACAAUCGCUCUGCAGAGACCUCCAGUUCAUAUUACGAAUGUUGCACAGAACGGGAAUGGCAGUCCUGUUGCUGCGCAUAUACAACAGGGUUCUAGGGCAGGUACCCCUUCUGCUCCCGUCACGCAGCUGGGUAAUCACAAGAGCACGGACGGUGCAAACACUAAAGCGGACUCUCCUACACAGGUCAAGAUUGUCGCGCCCAGUCAGCCAUGUGUGGUGAAUAACCUGAUCAGCACUACCACCUCGACAGCUGUUAGCAGCACUCCUACAACUCUGGCACAAACUUCGACAAACUCUGUGCCAGCAGCAGCGGCAAGCCCGGCGCCACUGAACACAAUGACGAAACCUGCAGUGAACAUUGUGGCGCCCCCGUCAGCAACAUCUGCAGGAGUUGUUAAAUCUGUCGCCCCUGCAACAGUUGGAGUAUCUCCUACCCAGCCACAGCAGGUCCGACCUGGACCGGCUCCGCAAAGGAUAGUGACGCCACAGUUGAUUGUACGACCUCCUCAGCAGACUACUAUUCAACUGCCACCUGGUUUUACAAUACCACAAGGUAUGAUUCUGGUCCGAACAGACACUGGGCAGCUGGUAAUGGUUCCACAGCAAGCAUUAGCUCAGGCUCAGGCCCAUGCGCAGGCGCAAGCUCAAGCUCAAGCUCAAGCUCAUGCUCAAGCACAGGUUCAAGUGCAAAGUCAGGUGCACAACAGCAUCUCUCCUAGGCCAGCAGCACCUACCAGCGGACCAGCAUUUCGAAUGGCCUCAACACAGGAAAAAUACUUUUUUCUUUCUUUUCAGAAACCAACCCAGACUUCAGUGGCAGUGUCAGCAUCAGUGACAGCACCACAGCCACCAGUUACAGUCAUUACAGGAUGUCAAAAUCCCACUCAGGGUCAACCCCAGCCAACUGUUCAGUCUGCUAUAUCUUCCCAGGUUGCACCAAGUACAGGAGUUACCAGUUCUCCAGCACCUGGAGUUUCUGUCAUUUCACAGGAAAUGCAAGAAAAUGUGAAGAAAUGCAAGAACUUCUUGGCUACUUUAAUCAAGCUUGCAUCUCAUAACUCCCCAUCUCCAGAAACGUCCCGUAAUGUGAAAGCACUCGUUCAGGAUUUACUGGAUGCAAAAAUUGAACCUGAGGAGUUCACAAACAGACUUCAGUCAGAGUUAAAAUCAUCGCCACAGCCAUACCUUGUUCCUUUUCUCAAGAAAAGUCUACCAGCUUUGAGGCAGUCACUAUUAAACAGUCAACAGUCUCUGAUGCAAACUCAGCAGCCUCAACAAGUCAAACCAGUGCAUGUUUCUCAGCCUGCUUCCCAAACCACAUCUGGGACAGUCUCUGCUGUUUAUGCAGGACAAACUGUAAGAAUUGGACACCCCAACAGUGUAACUACUACUUUACCAAAUAUAGUGCAACAUUCACAAGUCACUGUUCAUAGUCAAGGAUCUCAGUUGGCCAUUAAAAGACAGCCUACUCUACAGACUACUCCAGUGAGAAUGCCGAUGGUGAUUACGCAACCUCUGAGACCCCAAGGCACAGUUGGGAAGACACCAACAAUACAACCUAGUAAAAGCCCUGGGGGACUUACUGCUCAGGUCUCUACAAAUCAGAAAAACAAGCUCAAUGACCCUGGGGGUGGUUCUUUCAGAGAUGAUGAUGAUAUCAAUGAUGUAGCCUUUAUGGCUGGAGUUAACCUAAAUGAAGAAAAUGCUCGCAUUUUGGCAACCAACUCUGAUUUAGUGGGGACUCAAAUCCGAUCCUGUAAAGAUGAAACUUUUCUUCCUUCUGGUCUCCUACAUAAAAGAAUCUUAGAGACAGCUAAACGGUAUGGGGUUACUGAAGUACCCGCAGAGGCUGUGAACUUCAUCUCACAUGCAACCCAGGAGCGAUUAAGAACAGUUCUGGAAAAAGUGACAGUAAUUGCUCAACACCGAAUUGAAACUUACAAAGAUGAUGAAUGGUAUGAACAAGCUACAGAUGUCCGGUCUCAGCUGAAAUUCUUUGAACAAUUAGAAAGAAUAGAAAAGCAGAGAAAAGAUGAACAAGAAAGAGAAAUUUUAUUAAAAGCUGCUAAGAGUCGCUCAAGGCAAGAAGACCCUGAGCAGGCUAGGCUGAAACAAAAAGCGAAGGAGAUGCAACAACAGGAACUUGCACAGAUGAGACAAAGAGAUGCCAACUUGACGGCACUUGCAGCAAUUGGUCCUCGUAAAAAGCGCAAGCUUGAUUCUCCAGGGACAGCUUCGGCAGGUGUUGAGGUGUCGGGUAACUCAAGUGGAUCACAAAGUGGAACAGCAGCCUCCUCCUCUCGACAAUAUUCAAGACAGAGAAUAACUCGUGUAAAUCUCAGGGACUUCAUCUUUUACAUGGAACAGGAACGAGAAACAAGCCACUCUCUCAUGCUGUACAGGGCAUUGCUGAAAUAGGGCCAUUUUUUUUUUUUUUUUUUUUUUUGUUCUUCCAGAAUUUAUUUAGGUAUUAGUUGCUGUCUUUUUUCAAUGUGCCUUCACAUAGGUUUUUAUUGCUCAGUCCACAUAAUUGUAAUAUUAAAAAAAAGUAUCCAAGACUCUGACACGCAGCCCUUCCACCACUAUAACAACCCCUGUUUCUUUGCUGCAGGAGGGAAAGCACUGGACAUUUUCAUUUUAAAAAUCACACAAAAUAUUACAAGAGGACAGGAUUCUACUUCUUCAUAAUAUUAUAAUUUAUUGUAUUGGUUGACCAAUAUAGUUAUUUUAAAUUCUUGUAUAAUUUUAAAAUGUUGCACCUCACCUUCAGAUUACAGUGUUGAUAGUGAAACUGUAUUGAUUGUGAAGACAUUUAAUUCCUUGAGGUUAGCAUCCAUGCAGAGUCCCUAAAAGCCAUAAAUGGCAGAAUUGGUUAUUUUGAUUCAUAACUGGUUGUAACAUACCAAGGGGAGUAUUAUUGGUUUUAUGCAGUAUACAUUUAUACUUUAAUAAUGGUUGCCUACAAAAUUUAAUUUAUUUUAGUAGAGGUUCAGAGCCUUUAUAAGUGAUGACAUUUUUCACAAAUUUCUUUCUAUUUUCAUCCAUAAAACACACUUGAGUAGGACAAAAAAAAUGAAACACAAUACUUAACAUCAGUUCAUAAAGUCAUGCAGUGGUAGAGUCUACUGCUGUCUGUGUCGGCCUCACUCACUCGUAUCUCUGUGAGAAGCAGGUACCUAAAUGCUGUCCCACUGCUGUCUUUCAUGAUUCUCUAAGACCUGAAUUAUUUAUUUAGAUUUUUUAUUUCUUCUAAAUGUUUGAAAUAAGUGACUAAAUCAUACACAUGAGAUGUUUGCAUGACAUUUCUUUUUUAAUUUAACCAUAUGCUUAAAGAGCAGUUUUUCUUGCCUUUUAUAUACUUAAUGAAAUGGAUUUAAUUGACAUUUUUUAAUUGUUUCGCUAACCUGUGCCCCCCAUUUGCACCCCCUGAUAGGCCUGCUUGCUCUUAUGCAACAACAGCCACUUUUCAGACAUGUCCUUCAUUUAUUUAUUAAAUGGCUGUUCUUUGCAGGUUCCAAAGGCAAUGUAUAUGUGAGAAAAUGUUUCAAAGCAUCAUACUUCAGUUUUAAAUAUUCUGUUAAAGGUAAGAAGGCUGUGUUUGUGAUGCACAUUGAGAGUCAUCUGUGUUGUUUGGAGCAAAUAACAGUAUUGUCCAUAACAGUUGAAGGGAAACAUUUUAUAAUUAUUUAUAAUUUCCUUUUUUACAUCUUUAAUGCUUGCCAUUUUUGAGGCAAUGCAAUUUUAUCUUGAAGUACCAUAGCAAAAAAGCACAAAUAGAACUUUCCAUGGUUUAAAACAAUUAUUUUGAUAAUUAUUUUUAUGGUUUCUGAAAAAUAAGCAGAGAGUGGUUUCUGCUACUUCUGCUCUUUAGCCAAAAGACUAUUAGGAAGGUAUUACUGAAAAAAGCAGAUGAAAAUCAUGUUUUAAUGUAUCAAUAAUUUGUACAUAUUGUUUACAAAGACCAUGUGUUUAUUAGAAUUACGUUAUUUUUGGUAAACUCUGUACAUAUUAUGAAAUUUUCCCGUUUGUGUGAAAAAAAACAUACUUCUGUAUUUGUACCUAUUUUGUAAAGGAAUAAAGAAACUGUUUA